AAAAAGAAAAAAAAUAGCUUUGCAUAGCACUCUCAUCUUCUAGCUCCUCCUUAUUCCCUCUGAUCAUCACUCUUGGCCAUGUCCUUGCAAACCCAUGGCCCUUCUCCUAGAACAUCCCCAGCUGUACUUCCUCUGCUGCUCCCCGCUCAGUGAUGAUCCCAAGGAGGUCCAUGUUCCCCACAAAGCCCAAGCACAGAAAAUGCCACCAAGGUGGGCGGGAGACCUCCUACUGCCAUGCUUCUGAACCAUCACUAAGGUGAUGAAGGAUGCAAAGAAUUCCUUGUUGCCAUGGUAACUGGAUGCCCCGCACUGCGCUGCCAGGCAGGAUGCUCUGUGCUCCACGCUUCUGGCCGGACUUCUCGGUACCUGGGCUGUUGGGGACUGUGGGGAUCCUGAACUUGGUCCUUCAGAGCUGCCCAGGACAGCCAGCGUUCCUGCCUGGGGACCCACCUGCCAGCUCCAGCUGGGAGUACCAUGGAGGUGAUGUCUUCAUCCACAUGGACAGCAGCCUGUAUUCACUGCCCUGCAGCACAAUUCAGAUGGAAGUGGCCAAUCCCACCUACCAGUGGCUGAGGGACAGGCCAGACCCCAAGCUGCUCUCAGUCACUGAAGAUGGACAUCUCCUGUUCCAGCACUUCCAAGCAGGUGACAGUGGGAACUACUCUUGCACCGUCUCCUACACAGAGCACGGGCUACCUGUGUCCCAAACUUUCCACUACAGAGUGUUUGGCUACCAUGUGCUUGGAGGCCUGGAGGCUUUGCUGGUCUUCCAUAGCAAGCUCUGUGAAGAUGAGUGGACCAGGAUGUUCCUGUGGGACUUACAGGAGAGGCUGAAGCAGCUGGAGGUUGAGCAGCACUGCAAGAUCCAGCCCCAGACCUCUGCUUGCUUCCCCUCAGAUGACAAGCCUUCGGAUGAGUUUGUUGUCCAAGUACGGCUAGAAGUGUCUCUCUUUGGGACCAACUGGGAUGAACAAUGCAAACCCCAGGAUGUGGAGGUGGACGCAAACUGCUACCGCAAAAUAGUCCAGCAGAGCCUCGAGCAGGUCCAGCUGGCCUUUACCAAAUUCUUCAAGGAGCACGUAACCUUCCACAUCACUGGGUCUGAUAUCUCCAGCAUCAUCUUCUACACUGUGUUUGUUGGCUUCCUGGAGAUCAAGAAGUGCAGCAGGGGCUACGGGCAGACCAAGCAGCUGCAAAGAUGUCUUGAGUGUUGCAUUGUAUGCCCACCAGGGACAUUCAGCCCUCCUGCAAACAGGCAGUGCUCACCAUGCCCCAUGGGAACCUACAGUAUGACCUACGGGAUGGCAUUUUGCACGCCCUGUGAGGAUGGCAUGAUCACCCGGGGGCUGGGUGCCAGCUCCGUGACUUCCUGCAUGAAGGAGAAAACGACCAAGGAGGUUGACUCCAUCAUUCGCAAGAUCCCGCUUAUACUCCUUAUCACCGUGCCACUAUUACUAGCCAUCAACUUCGUCAUCCUCUUUGCCUCUUGCUACUGGUUCCAACGAGAGUACCGGCAGUCAUCACCAACGACUUCCAAGACAGCAGGAAUCACCAAGACAAUGGAAAAGGUGGCCAGCUUCUGUGGGAUCCCCUGGCAGGGCCGCAAGGAUGGCCCCUCUGCUGCAGUUCUCAACAACACCAGCGACACUGACACAUCUCAGGGGAGUGAGGAGGAGCUCAUGCAUGCACUCUCCCUUCCCGAGACCCCAAGCUCUCCUACUGUGAGCGAUGACACACCCGCUGUGCUGCAACUGGAGGACAAAGCAAGAAAUAAUUGAGAUUCCCUUCAGAAAUGCAGGCCAACAGCAUUGAGGGAGAACGUCCUUACAGCUCUUUGUGCAUGCCUCCACCCGCUCCACACAGGCUGACAUAUCCAGCAAUGAAGAAAAGGGACACAUUCCUCUUCUUUGAAUUUGUCUUCCCAAAGUGCUCUGACUACAACUAUCUCCUUUGCUAUAAAUAUUGGCUUUUAUUUGCAUCUCUCUUCAACACUGGAUACGCCAGACACAGAGGGAGGUUGCAAGAGGAGGACCUAGCAUAGAGGUUGAGAACUGUUUGUCUUUACUCCUAGAAAGCAUUCUUCCCCAGGCAGGGAGCCAGUCUUCCACCUUGCACUCAGCUUCUCUUCUUUACCACUUGUAAAAUCCAAAUCAUUUGCUGGGAUCAAGGUUACCUGGCUUAGGACAGGAGAAAGCUCAGCCUCAGAUCUCUUCAUUUUCAAUGCCAGCUUUGGCAUGUGGGUGACGUAGGUCUUUUGAAGGGAUUCCCAACUUUAUGGCCUCAGAGAAGUGAUCAUCAUCAGUUAAAACUUUCCAUAGCCCAGCAGCUGUUGGUGACUCCAGGAGAGGGCAGCAAUGCAGUGUGUGAGGCACCGCUCCAGCACUGGGUGAUUUUUAAUAAAAA